CCCUUUUUUUCCUCCUCGAAAUGGCGGCGCUCUGAAAACAGGGUUCUAGAGGGGGCGGGGUCUUCUCCGCAUUCCAACGGCCGGUGGGCGGAGCCAGGCUCGAGGCGAGAAGAAGGAAAGCUUUCACAGGUCUCAAAGUGCACAAUCCUAUCAGCACCACUGGCUGUAAAUGCAAUGGACGACAGCAAGAGUGAAAAGGCACUAGAUAUUAUUCGACUUAAUGUUGGAGGUUACAUGUAUACUGCUCGCCGUGAAUCUUUAUGUCGUUUUAAAGAAUCAAUGCUAGCAUCUAUGUUCAGUGGACGGUUUCCUCUAAAAAUGGACAAUACAGGGGCUUGUCUUAUUGAUCGAGAUGGCAACCUCUUUAAAUACCUCUUAGACUAUCUCCAUGGAGAGGUUCACAUUCCAGAAGAUGAGCAAACACGAAUUGCUUUGCAGGAAGAGGCUGAUUACUUUGGCAUUCCUUAUCCCUAUAGCCUUGUUGACCACUUGGCUAAUGAAAUGGAGACAUAUUCUUUAAGAUCUAAUUUGGAACUUAAAAAGGCACUCCUAGAUUUUUGCAACUCUUAUGGCUUAAUAUGCACUAAGCCUACUGUUUGGGUCCUACACUACCUCAACACGUCUGGUCCAAGUUGUGAGAGUAAGAUAAUAGGUGUGUAUGGCACAAAAGUAGAUGGAACAGCUGCAAUACAAAAAGAACUAGGAGGAAGAAUUCAUAGUAAAAACAUUUACAAAAGAGAGUCUGGAAAUAAUGUCCAAUAUAUCUGGAGCUACUAUUCUGUUAGUGAAUUGAAAAUGAUGAUGGAUAUAUUUGAGGCGUGGGAAGGAAAAGGUGUCAGUUAUUGGCGAGUACCCCAGGAACUGAUAGAAUGUUGGACUCUUGAGGAACGCCCUUUGGAAGGAAGUCUGCAAAACAUGUCUCCAGUUCGUAAAAGAGAAGCUGGGAUUUCUCCUUUGGUUAAAGAAAUCUUGAGUGCACUUCUGGAACCCCAUUGCAGUGUUAUGCUGAGCAGAAUGGCUUCUCUAGCUCCAUAUUCUUCCAACAGAAUCAAGGUAUUUAUUUCCUUCAACCUGGGAAGGCACAGGGAUGGAGUAUGAAAAAAAACCUAUCUCAGCAGUUCAAGUAAGAAGAAAUGAGAAGGGUUGCUCCACUUCUACUUUCUCCUGAGAAAGCAGCUGCCCUACCUCUGGUAAGCUAUGAGACUGGAGAGAGGCUAUGGACAGCUGGUAGGACUGAAGAAAACGAUCACAUUUCUCAUGUCAAAGUUAGUUGUACAUCUGUAUGCUAUACACAUUACCAAAUUUUUCCUCAUUCUUUGAAGAGAAGAAAAGGAGAAUGCAUGUGUGAUGAAAACAUGCAGAUAUUCAGCGUAAUGCCUGGUCUUAAAAUGAGAAUUCUUCAACAUCUUCUGCAGGAGUAAUUCUAGACAACGCCUAUUCAAAAUUAGUGGUCUGUGGACAGCUGCAGGUCCACAAGCCACUUGUUGCUGACUGCCAGUUAGUUUCCAGGAAAUAAAGAAAACAAUGGGUAUGAAUAUAUUGCCAGUACCUGGCAUACUGGAGGAAAAUACCCCACAUCAGAUAGAUAGUACUGUAGUCAGCUAAUCAAUUACAGAAAACUGCCUCCACAGAGUGUAUUUUUCAGUGGCCAAAUUAAAAGUCACUUUGCUGCAUUUGCAGAUUAUCCUAGGGUUAAAUGAUGCAUUAUCUUUGAAAUGCAUCAUUUAACAGCUUCAUAGCUUUUAUUUUCUUAUUCAUGAGCUAUGAGCCUCUGGUGUGUAUCAGGAUCAGGUUUGUUCUGUACAAACAACUGAACUUCCUUAUAAUAGGAAAACAGUCCAGAAUAGUAUUAGAUGAGCACCAGUAACUCAACUGCAGACCAGCAAUAAGCAUGUUGGUACCAGGGAGAGAGUGUGUGUGAAU